UUUUUAUGUUUUAACAGAAUGACCUCCAAAGAGAUUAGAGUAUUUAAAAAAGGACAAAGCAACCUACAUAGACCGAAAUCAUUACUAAUGAGAGAGAUUAGCAGUGUUUUGGGGAGGAGAUAGAUUGGUAAUUGAAAUGUGUUUGCAAACAAUCCAACACAGUAAAGCCAGUUCCAGCUUAAUAAUCAUAUUUGUGUUGUUAAUCAUCAUGGUGGUUUCUUGCUGAUGUUUCAUGGUUGCAGGUUUUUAGGAGAGAAACUGAUUAGGUUGGAAAAAUGAAAUAGAUUUGGGAGAAAGGGAAACAAGCUCCCAUCUAUGUCCAAAGGCUGACAGAGAGGAUCAUCCUUCAAUUAAUAUUGCCUUCGAGAUCCAGAUGACCUAGGAAAUUAGAGCCAAGAUGAACCACCAACAAAAAAACUUUUAGCUUUUUUUAUAAAUAUGUCAAUUGAAGACCUGGAUUUGAAUGAACACACUAAUUAUAAAAAAACAUAUUAUAAUGAUUUGAUCUUCGGAUGGUGUAAUCUUGGGGAAGGUAUAGUAACAAAUUUAUGAGAGAGAAAAAUAUUACGGUAGGGAUGCCCAGUUGUUAAGAUGGUUUUGAAAUGAGCUUUGAUGAUAUUGAGGGAAUGAUAAUCAAGUAAAGAAGAGCAAGUUUGAUUGAAGGUUGAAAAUCAAGAGAGAAAUUGAAGCCUAUCUUUAGUGAGGAUUAAUUCAAUAGCCAGUUUGAAGAAUCCAAGUAAAUUAUGUUGUGGGGAUUGACUAUUCUUGGCAGGUGUUUCUGUUUCCCUUCCAUUCUAAGGUUCUGGAGGUUAAAUUUCUGUUGAAUAACAGAGUGCUGUGGGGGUGGUUUGUAAAAUUGAGGAGCAGCUGAAGGAAUAAUGCUUGGACAUGUAUGGUGAACUGAAACAGUGUAGUGGCAAAAAAGUAUUUAAGAGCAUCUGAGCAACAUCUGAGGAAGAAUCUUAUAACAACAACGUCCUUGCUUAAGAUUCUGGCAGUUAAGAUAAACAAUGACUUAAUCUGAAUAAGAAGAGAGAGAAAAAUGGGCCAUGGUGAGAGUUCAAUUCAGAAGAGGAACGCAACAUCAGCAUUGUCUUGUUGCUAUUCAGGAAGAAAUUCUGCUGCAGAAGCGUUUUGGCAUCGGUGAUGAGAAAUGGGGUAUGAUGUAGCACGUUUUCAAGGGGAUGUUGAUGAAGAUCUUAUUUGCCCCAUCUGCAGUGGGGUUUUGGAGGAGCCAGUGCAGGCGCCUCAUUGUGAGCACGCUUUUUGCAAUGCCUGUAUCACCCAGUGGUUCUCUCAACAGCAGACGUGUCCUGUCGACCGAAGCGUUGUGACUGUGGCUCACCUGCGCCCUGUACCCCGGAUCAUGCGUAAUAUGCUAUCUAAGCUGCAAAUCACGUGUGACAACGCUGUUUUUGGCUGCACUUCUAUAGUGCGGCUUGACAACCUGAUGUCUCACCUCAAUGACUGCGAACACAAUCCAAAGCGGCCUGUGACCUGUGAACAGGGAUGCGGCUUGGAAAUGCCCAAAGACGAAUUGCCGAAUCAUAACUGUAUAAAACAUUUACGGUCGGUAGUGCAGCAGCAACAGACAAGAAUAGCUGAAUUGGAAAAGACGUCUGCAGAACAUAAGCAUCAAUUAGCAGAGCAGAAACGGGACAUACAGUUGUUAAAAGCAUACAUGCGAGCGAUACGUAGUGUCAAUCCCAACCUGCAGAAUUUGGAGGAGACUAUUGAAUAUAAUGAAAUCCUUGAGUGGGUGAAUUCCUUGCAGCCAGCCCGGGUAACCCGGUGGGGUGGUAUGAUCUCUACACCAGAUGCUGUGCUCCAAGCUGUAAUCAAGCGUUCCUUGGUGGAAAGUGGAUGCCCCACAUCCAUCAUCAAUGAAUUGAUUGAAAAUGCCCAUGAACGGAACUGGCCCCAGGGCUUGGCCACCCUAGAAACUCGCCAGAUGAACCGACGCUAUUAUGAAAACUAUGUGGCCAAACGCAUCCCAGGCAAACAAGCUGUGGUUGUGAUGGCCUGUGAGAAUCAGCACAUGGGAGAGGAGAUGGUGCUAGAACCAGGCCUGGUGAUGAUAUUUGCACAUGGAGUGGAGGAAAUUUAAAGACUCGACAGAGAUGAUAAAACAGCGUGCUUGUAUACAUACAUACAUACAU